AUGUCCCUCACUCUGACCGCCAUGAGUGACAGCGCAGCGGGAGGAGAGCAGUGGGCGGGACAAGGGCAGGGGCCACGGCAACCACAGGGCCCCUACCUCUCUGUCAUCACGAAUAGGACCACUAACCUGCUGAUCCGAGGCUCCAUGCUCUUCUCCGUGGGCGUGUUCCUGGCCCUGGUGCUGAAUCUGCUGCAGGUCCAGAGGAAUGUGACCCUGUUCCCCCCGGACGUCCUGAGCAGCAUCUUCUCCUCAGCCUGGUGGGUCCCUCCCUGCUGCGGGACGGCCUCAGCGCUGAUCGGCCUGCUGUACCCCUGCAUCGACAGGCGUCUGGGUGAGCCGCACAAGUUCAAGCGCGAGUGGUCCAGCGUGAUGCGCUGCGUGGCCGUGUUCGUCGGGAUCAACCACGCCAGCGCCAAAGUGGACUUUGCCAACAACGUGCAGCUGUCCCUCACGCUGGCCGCUCUGUCCAUCGGUCUGUGGUGGAGCUUCGAUCGCUCACGCAGUGGCUUUGGCCUGGGAGUCACCAUCGCUCUGCUCGCCACGCUGGCCACGCAGCUGCUGGUCUACAACGGCUUAUUCCAAUACACGUCUCCAGACUUCCUGUACAUUCGCUCCUGGCUGCCUUGUAUCUUCUUUGCUGGAGUCAUCACCAUGGGAAACAUCGGACGACAGUUAGCUCUGUACGAAUGCAAGUUCCAGCAGGAGAAGAUUCACCAGGAUUGA